AAAAGUGACGUUUUCGCGAGCGUAUGAUGAUGCAGGUUUGGGUGUGUACAGCUACUGACAGCUAAGUAGAGUUAGCUGUCUGCCGAGUCCUGCUAAGCGGCGGGUGAGCUGGAAACUCUUUAGUAAGGUUAUUCUCCUAUGUUCUAGUGGACAUGGAUGCACAGUGAGCCGAGGCCAGCAUCUCCCGGUGCUAACUGCUGAGACAGAAGGCAGACGAAUCCGUUUUUACCAGCGGUGGCUUCGGGAGGAGUCCUGCGGUUAGCUGUUAGCUCCCCGGGUUAGCCACUCACUUACCCCAAAUAUGACGGGAGUUAACGAAACUACGUCUCCGGAAUAAUGUGUCCAGGAUAACACAGUCUCUCUGGCGGCGUGUGGCAACCCAGUCAGCCACACAGACGUUAUAGUUCAACUGGAUCCGCGAUGUCCCUCUUCACUACUCUCAACUUCCCUUUCGCAUCGUACGAAGGAUGAUGACAGAUCGGAUGACUGGACUUGACAAUUCGCCUCGGGGCCAAUCAUCAGCGCCGAUAUAUAUCUGUCAUUAAAUGUCUUUCCAAAUCGUUUUUCUAAUAGUUCAUCGCAAAUGGUAUUAGUGUUUUUGUCUGGAUGAAUGAUGGGAAAUUAUUGUACAGUCCCCUUGGUUCGCCGGAGAUUGUCGCUAAAACAGUAACUGAAUGGAACAAAAUGGAAAAAAAAAGUUAUUGCUGGCGUAUAAUACGUUUGUAGCAGCGAUUUAACAUUCAACUUCAUGAAUCUGUAAUUUCAUAUUUAAAAAAAAAAAGGAAAACAUGUAAGAGACAUACAUGAGCGUCGGGCAACAACCCAAACCCUGUAAAAUCACAACAGAUAAAAACACAAAACGACUUGUAAUUGCUCAGGAAAAAAAAAAAAAAAUCGGAAGCAAAUGUUUAGUUUGGACCGGGUCCGUGAAUGCAGCAGUCCCGUUGCUCGGCAACCACACAGCAAACUGCCCCGGCUUCAGAUUGCUAACGCCUGUUAGCUUAGACUGAAAACACCUUAAUGUACAACAAAAGAAAAGGACAAGUUGAGGAACCAUGGCUGACGAAUAUAGACCGGACCAAGUAAACCGCACGCACACUUUUCCAACUCUACCGCGGGCUGGCAAGCUGAAACCUGCUGGUGACAGAGCGAAGGACUGCUUGCAGGACAUGUCAGGGCCUCCUACCCCACCUGAGGUUCAAAAAUUCCACCAUCACCAACAGCCCGGUGUGCGGACGAGACACCCUGGAAAAGCAAAUGACCCAGAUGUUGCUGGCUCACUUGUUCACGGCAUCAGAACCAAAAGUUCUGACAGUACCUGUACGAUCCUGAACCUUCCGCGGAGAACCGUCUUCCAGGAGAGGCUUCAGGAGCUCAGAGAAUCCGGCUACGCCUCCAGACGCAGGGCGCCGCUGGGGCGGUCAUAUGACCAGAGGACAGGACUUCCUCCCUGGUACAACAGCAACAUCACAUUUGGCAUAAAAAGUGCAAAAGAUGUGACUGUUGGUGACAUCAUCUAUUCAUCAAAGCCAUCAGAGCCGAUGGAGAGAGACACUCACAUGGGGAGCAAUAAAGACCCGCUCACCGGUGAGUGGCCUGACAGGCAGUUCCAGGUCAGCGCAGACAGCAGGUUUGGGAUUAUCACGCCUCACUCCAAUGAUGGGCACGACCUCUGCAGAACUCUGCGAUGGUACGACGAGCCACUGAGGUUCCACAACCCAAAGCCGGUUUGGACCAGAUCCAGCGGCUCCAGAGAGAAGCUGAUGCGGCUGUACAACGUGAAGAACACGGAAGGAAAGGGAGCCAACGUUCCAGCAGACUGGACCUUUGGAGUUCGAGGCCAGAGCGACGAGUGCGGGGUCGGAGAUCUGCUCACCUGCGCGCAGCCAAGAGCCCCGCUGCCAGCUCAAGUGGUCGCUCUGCAACACCAGCUGAAGAAGCUCAACCACCAGAAGUUCCCGUCUCUGCUGCAGGCCUUCAGGCAUUACGACAAGAAAGGCGAGGGAGUGAUCGGCAAAGAGCAACUGCAGGAAGUGUGUGGCGAGUUCCAGCUGGACGUGAGUGAUUCAGUCCUGGAUGAGCUCAUGAGCCACUGCCACAGCGAGAAUGACGGCGGUAUCAACUUCCUGGAGUUUGCCAACUUCCUCAACUGGAAGGACAACAUGCCCCUCAACCGACGAGAGCAGAGGAUCCUAACAAGCGAGCGGCCAACCUGUUCAGCUCCAGUGAGCAUGGAGAGGAAGACGUCGACGCCUCCAGCUUCUAAAGCUUUAAUUCAGCCAGAAGACUUGGAGCCAGUGGCGCCAGGCAGCUCCCUGAAGACCGUUCGCACCCUGAGGCGGCUCCGGACCUCACCACAACACUUCACAACCUCCUCCUCCAUCUUUGGCAGUGGCAACAGAGAGUCACCUGGCGAGCCAGGCAGCCGCACGUUCGGCGUCCCGACUGUACGAUCUGAUCUUCCGGCUCCUCGUAUAAAGAGGGUGAGCGACUCCACCAACUACGGCGACACGUCCACUGCCGCCGACCUCCUGCACCCUCCGCUUCAUUCCAUCCAAGGAGUUCAUGAGCGGCACUUCUUCUCUCCACUCACCAAGGCAGAGGUGACUGAGAUCUUCAGGAACGUCGGGGUGAGCGUUUCCGAGGAGACGUUGGCGGAGGCCUGGAAGCUGGCGGCCAUGAGAGAUCCCGCCGGGGAAGUUUGUGUUGAGGCCUUCCGCAGUGUUCUGAAGGAGAUGGGAGCAAUGUAGCGCGACCCCAGCCACCGUGACCCAGCUGGAUCUGGAGCACCUCCUCUACCUUCCACCUAUUUUCCCACGUAUCAAACACCGACACGAUACAUAGAGGACUCCUCAUGUCCACGUUUAAUUCCUCUUUUGUUUGAGACGACACAUCUUCAUUUGCUUUGAGGCGUGAGCUGUGUCAAUUAGCAGUCUUCACAAACGGCGGCUGUCAGAGCAUUAGACGUAAUUGUGCGCGCAUUCGCCAGCUAAUUCUAUUAAUUAACCUUCAAAAAGAGUCUGACGGAGUCGACCACUGACUUAUCAUGCUGACGCCGAGGCUCAAACAGGGAUGGUUGGCGCUAACCAGAUUAAUGAAACGGUUUGGCGCCCCGCCACGUCGCCGCGUCGCCCAACAGUAAUAGAACUCAUAAAAGAUGUCGAUAGAGACGACUUGGUUUUGUUUGUCGGCUAAUUUCCGUCCGGGGCGGCGAUGCAGAGGCGUGUGUAAUGUGCCACCAGCGCGCUGACACGUGCUAAGCUAACUGCUCUCAUUUAAUCUCAUUAACGCUCCGCUGGAACCGAAAAGGGAAAAACCCACGCAAACUUCCGCAGACCUCGAAUCAGCGGCGGGAAAAUUAGACUAAUCCUCCGUGCGUUUCAUUAUGCAUGAAUUAGAGGCCGCUAAUGAUGGAAGCCUCUGUUGUUCCUCCGAUUUGUUGUCGACAUUAAUAAUGCGGCAGCCGGAUUCAGCUCGACAACACACGGUCUUCAGCGCGGCCGCCGACGGCUCAGGCGGCUGACGCGGUUCUGGCAGUGACCGCGGGCCUGAAUUAGAACCGUCAGGUGCGGAGUGACAUUUCCACUCGCAGACAUUCAACGUGUCGACCUCAUUCGCUUGUGGCGGGAACAGUGUCGCAGACAAGCGUGUGGCAGGUCUUACGCCCCCUCCUGCUUACUAUGGUAAUGGAUUAUCGUGCUGCCUGUUGCUUAUCUCCAGGACCAGAACACUAAUAUGUCUUCAAUAAAAGUUCAACUUUCUGUGCUGGG